GUUCUGAAGGGGGGUGGGGUAGUCCUGUCCUGUUCUGAAGGGGGGGAAGUCCUGAAUGGCCCGAGUCCACCUCCGCAUUGCAGAGUCACCAGGUGGCUUCUUUACACCACUGCUCAGUGCCCUGCUAGUGACUCACAAACACCUAUAAUCUUCUAGCUCAGCCCAGGAUACAAACAGUGCGCGGGAAAACCAGGGAUACACUCCUCAUUAUAUAUAAUGUACCCCAAUGUGUGCUGCCUGGCCCCACUCCUGCUGGGGACUUGUGCCUUUUGCCUCCUGCCUACCCCGUCACAUGCCGCUUGGAGGUAGGGGUAACAGAUGCUGCUUAGCUCAGGCUUUUACCAACUGCACAGCGAGGCCCCCGUUCCAGCAGAUCCUACCGGGGACUGUCCCCCUUCACCCCGGACACAAGCCAAGUAACUCCCUAAAGCAAGAGCAACGGCCAGGAUGGAGGAGAUAUGAUAACUAUAAAAGUGAAAAAGUUUUACCGAUCAGUCUUGAGCCAUCUUCAAGCACAGAACCAACUCAAUCUACCCUGAGUGUCAGCACCAAGAUUAAAGCCAUUGAAGCCAAACUGAAAAUGAUGGCAGAAAAUCCAGAUCCAUUGCUCCCUGGACAGUCCUCCUAUUCCUACUUCAAGGCAAAUGAAAAGAAAAAAAUCACACCGUACCAUAAAUCUUCACUGAAAUCAAAGAGAUGACGUUACAUCUGCGAUGCCCUACUCUUGUGUCACAGGCGGCAGCUUUUGCUGCAGAACUAAGCAAACAUCACGUGACUCUUAACGGAUUUCUGCAGACUAAAGUGUGAAAAACACAGUCAUGCAUAUUCCAAUUUUGUUUUUGUUAACCCAAGUAUUUUUACUUGAGUCCUGUAUUAAUACUUGAGAAAGUUUUUAGAAAACAUACAGUAAAUUUAGCAGCAUUGCACAAAUUUGAAACUUUUUGUACAGCAAUUAGGAAAUCCUAGAAUGUCCCAAUAACAGAUUCUAUGUUACAUUUAUGACUGCAUGCAUAUCUUUAUUAUUUAUUUUUUAUAGGUUUAUAAUUAUUUGCCUUUUUCUUCUGACUCUUUGCAGCUUUCAAAUGGGCAUUGC